CCACCAACAAGGCAGAGCAAGCGUCCCCUCCCACGUAGGACAAUGGAAUUGUGAAGCCACUCCGGUUCGUGAGCCGAGCAAGGAGUGGACAUCCGAGGCAGCGCGAAAAGGGAGCAGUCAAUGCCAACCUCAAAAGCAGUAUGGAUGAAUGGCCACCUAAGUGGAAUUGAUGAUGUCGCAGUAAGAAUGCCACCGCCGCACACAUCUCGUCUUCUUUUUCUCUUUCUUUUUCUCGGCAAUCUUUGGGAAGGACUUGCUAAAUCCAUUUCGGACCAGGGAGCACUUGAGGUGCUCAUCAGAGUCCAGGUGUUCGACAACAGUGACCUUUCACCUCUGGCAGAGGCUGCAGUGGAUGUUUAUGGGAACCAGUCUACCUUGGCAUCCAGCAAGGCUGGCAAAGAUGGCGUCGUCAUGGUCACCUUCCUGUACCGCCCUGGCACCUGGGUCAUUGUCACGGCAACAAAACUCGGCUUUGUCACUAACUCCGCCCCCUGGCAUGCCAGCCGCAUCCCCCUGUAUGCUUCAGUCAGCCUCUACUUGCUCCCCCAGCGGCCUGCGACCCUGAUCCUGUAUGAUGAUGUAGUCCAGAUCCUGCUGGGAUCCCCAGGUGUCAAAAACCAGCCAUGGAUACAGCUCCAGAGGAAAGCAGUGGCUCUGGCCCUCAACUCUACCAACCCAGAGCUCUCUGCUGUGCUGACCUCCGCACAGAGUCAGUAUGAGAUAGGAGGUUUCCCCUACCCACUGGGCCUGGAGAGCAAUGCCACAGGGGCUAAUAGUAGCUGGGUGGAGCUGACGCCGGUGGCGGCGGUCAAUGCCCAGCUCUUCAGUCGUAACGGAACCGGUGUUCAGGUGUGGGACCCCGUCCAUAUCUGCAUUCCCCUGCCCUUAGACACACCCCUGCAGACAGCCACCAGUGUCCCUGUGUGGAGGUUCGACGACAAGACAGGACUCUGGGUUAGGAAAGGAACCGGAUACAUCAAGAAAGGAGGAGCACAGCUGACAUGGAGUUUUGUGGCCAACCAGCUAGGAUACUGGCUGGCUGCCUUUCCCUCAACCACAGGCUCAGCUUUAAACCCCACGGGCCUGCGAGACAUCACCACCUACCACACCGUCUUCCUCCUGACCAUCCUGGGCUCCAUGGCUCUGCUGGUGCUGGUGCUGCUCUGUCUGCUGCUCUACUACUGCAGGCGGAGAUGUCUGAAACCGCGGCAACAGUACCGUCACAGCAAGAUGCAUGUCUCCUCCGGCCUGGACGGUUCCAAGAGAGAUCAAUGCACCUCCAUGUCCCACCUCAACCUCAUCAGCUCAGACCACAUCGAUACAGCUUCCUCCACCAGGGGUGACCCAGACACCCUCAAAUCAGACCUGUCCUCCACCCGGGAUCUCCACAGCUCCAGGGAGGAUUUCUUCCGGCACACGCCCCCAGGAAAGGCCCGGCGACACUCCAAGGUGAACACGGACAAUAUCACCAGGUGUGGCGGUGGUGAGAGUUUUCCCAUGAAGGUGACAACACGCUCUACUAACACUAACAACUUGGAUCCUCAGAAGCUGCUCCGCAACGACACCCGCAACUUCAGCUCAGCGGAGGAUAAUACCCAUGAUCCUCGACAUCGCCACAACCACCAAAAUCACAACGCCAACGACAACCAGGGUUACUCCUCAGAUCCACCAUCUCCACCACCUUUACUGCCUCCCUUCGCUGGGCACUACCAGGAGUACUCUGGCCUGCCCCCAGAGUACUCAGCAUCCCAGACCGGGGACCUCCUAGCCAGGCCCAACUCUCUAAACACCCAGCCCGGCCAGCUCAUUUUCUGCCACUCCAUGGAUCAGAUGAAGGAGAGCAUGUACCGGAGUGUGGUGCCCACGCUGGUCAUCCCGGCCCACUACAUGCGCCUGUCGUCGGACCUGUCGGCUGUGGAGCAGGCCCUGGAGAGGCAGCAACAGAUGCAGCAUGACAUGGAGGGAAUACAGGUUAGCAUGACCCUUCCCAGGCAGCAGGGACAGGUACACCAGAACCAGCAGCAGAAACAACAGAACCAGCAACAACAGAAUCAUCAACAGGAGGAUGAGGAUGGGGAAGAACCAGGCCAGCAGAGGAAGGACUCAGAGGGACACUCUAACUGGGCCUCAGACCCUAACGCGGCUCCAGUCCGCAUCCCGGUCCUGUUCAAUGACAACACCAUAUCUCAGAUGAACGGAGAGCUGCAGGCGCUGACGGAGAAGAAGCUUCUUGAGCUGGGGGUGAAGCCGCAUCCCCGGGCCUGGUUCGUCUCCCUGGAUGGUCGCUCCAAUUCCCUGGUUCGUCACUCCUACAUCGAGCUGGGGGGAGAAUCUCUCAGCAUCCCUGGAGGAGGGGGAGGUGGAGGAGCCACGGGGAGUCAUCAUGACAACAGGGUAGACGUCGCUCGUGAAGCCAACAUAAAGCAGCGGAAGGGAAAGGAGGAGAGGAAGGCCAAGGAAGCAAAAGAGGCUGCAGCGGCGGCUGAGAGGAAGGGUCACGCAGGGAAGACCUAUACUAAACUCCCUUGCAUCGACACCACAGACCCCCCCAGCAGCAGCAGCGAGAGCCACACUGCCAUGUACUCUCCAGAGGACAAUUCUCUGGCACCUCUGCUGGACGAGGCCCCAGAGACGACCCCCCGCGGUGGCACGUUCCCCCGGAAGGGCCGCAGCCGGGAUAACAGCGCCCGGAGCAGUACCACCACUACCUCCACCAGCGAGGUGACACGCAGGGACUCAGCCACCAGCCCCGAGGAUGGGGAGGAUGCCGAUGAUAAAGACGAGGAGGGGAACAAGAAGAGUCCCUGGCAGAAGCGCGAGGAGAGACCCCUCAUGGUAUGGAAGUAAGGUAGACCUAGGGCUCUCAGGGAACAUUGAGCUACAAGAGAACAGGGGGAGAAGAACCACUGUGUCAACGAACGCCAGGAAGAAGAAAGAUGAGCAGAUAAUGUGAGAGGUCUGUCUUGGAGUACAAAGAGAAAGACGUGUGCGAAAGAGAUUAUGAAGUGAGAAAGGAAAUCAAACAAACACAAUUGUCACAUGAAUUGUGAAAGGACCAGGUGUUUUGUAGUCCCACUUUUGCUUGUAGUCAUCACUGAGCUCAGUAGUUAUAUCUGCAUCUCUAAAAAUGUCACUGAGACCAGUAGCUAUAUCCGUAUUUCUAGAAGUUUCACACGGCUGUGGAUGUAUUUAUUUCCAAAAUCAUGAUCCCUAAGCAUGUGGAUGGUGUUUGUUUGCCCACAGGAACGUGUGGGAGAGUUCCUCUGACUGGUUGGUAUUCUGAGAUUCUUGAGAAAUGCUCAACCAUGUUUUUCUCCACUGUGCUGUUAGUAGAAUUCCUUGGAAACGUUACCUAUCAGAUUUUCCUGUUACCUUAGCAUUAACCUCAAAUAAUUUUUACAGACCUUUUGGGAGACGUCAGCUGGCCAAACAGAAACAUUUGAUUCCUGUGGAAAAUCAAGACCGUCUGGCCAGAACUGAUGGACAUAGUGGAAUUAAUUAGUAUUUUUCUUUCACUCUUUACUCUUGUUUUUUUUUACAGAUCAGAUGGCCUUCUUUUUAUGACUGAGUAGUACUUAAUGUCAUUGAGGAGACAGAUCGAUGUAUUAUACAUUGGAAAAAAGGUUGCUGUUUUGAUUGUGAAAUCCUAAUAAGUAAGUCCUAAAACCCAGGGUUUACAAUGAUGUUGUUGUUUCAUUUUGUACUGUAAAACUUCCUUGGAGAUAAUGGCAGAAAACCACCUCCACGUUACUAUCACUGAAGCCUGGAGAAUAAUGCCAACCGUUUUGGUUGUCAUUUUCCUUACUGACAGAAUAUGUUACAGUCAUGUUUUUUUCUUGCUUUGCUAACCUGCUGACUUGCAACAUUAACACCAAUGGAAGCAGUUACCUGACAAAAUGAUUUGAAAUGUUCAUUAUGCAGCGUAGCUGGAAACAAGUUACGAGUAUCACAGAAACGUUUGCCAGAACAUUGUUGUUAGCUUAGCAUUACAAGUCUGUACCUUUUGUUGCAAUAUCAAUUUAUAGUCAGACAUGGAUUGGAUGAUACAGACAUGUAAAAAGCUUUAAAAAAACGAAUAAUUGGGUAUUAUUGCAAACUUAAAAGAUGUUGUGAAAGGAAAAGACACUGAGUUGACUGAGUGGAAAUCACAAUGACCUAAUGUUCCCAGAAACUGUGCUAUAUUGGAUUGCCAGUCAUCUCCACUGGCGCAUCUUCUCAAAACAUCUAAUUAUUAGCCUUCAGAUCAAUAAGACAGGAAUCCAUCCAGGUUUUCUCAGACCUAAAAAUGUUAAUGUCCAACAAAUCACAGCAAGCAAUUAGUCUUUUAAGUGCCUUCAAUUUAGCAUAAGAAAAUAAUGGCUUGGAUUCAAACCCAGUAGUAACAACCAUUGUACUGGCUAAACAGGGGGUUUAACACAUACUCUGUAACAAGUUUUGCUCAUUAUUUUCAGGUUAUGAUAUUGAAUCAUACACAAUGUCAAGUUAUCGUUAGCUAAUCGACUUUGAUUUAAACAAACAGCACUCAGCCUUCAUGAUCAGGGGUCAUUUGAAGGCAAUCAAGCCAAGCACUCGCUAAUCAGGUUCAAGUCCAGUUGAAGUUCUAUCACGUUGCCUUGUGGACUAAUAUACAGCACGGCAUAAAGCAAAUCAGGUUUAGGACCUUGCCUAAGAUGCACAGCAAUGGUCCUCUUGAUUUCAAACCUGUAUUGUCACAAUCCAUGUUGUAAACCCACAUACAGUGCCUUGCGAAAGUAUUCGGCCCCCUUGAACUUUGCGACCUUUUGCCACAUUUCAGGCUUCAAACAUCAAGACAUAAAUCUGUAUUUUUACUGAAAGUAAAGGGGCUGAAUAAUUUUGCACGCCCAAUUUUUCAGUUUUUGAUUUGUUAAAAAAGUUUGAAAUAUCCAAUAAAUGUCGUUCCACUUCAUGAUUGUGUCCCACUUGUUGUUGAUUCUUCACAAAAAAAUACAGUUUUAUAUCUUUAUGUUUGAAGCCUGAAAUGUGGCAAAAGGUCGCAAAGUUCAAGGGGGCCGAAUACAAGGCACUAUAUGUUUUAAUUGAUAACAACACUGUAACUGCUCUCUCUCUCACUCUCUCUCUCUCCCCUUUCUCCAUUCAAAUGUAUGUGAAUGAUCCUUGAAAGUCUCUUUUUAAGGCUUGAUUUACUUGCCAUGUUUUGAUUUACCGAGUUGAUACUAUUAUGUGACGUGGUUUCCCUGUGGUGUGAGACUCAGGAUCCCAACAAACAUGCAUGUUCCUCCUCUCAUAUAAGCAUUUGUGCUGUUUUGUUUUGUUUUGCUUCCCUCACCUUCAAAAUGGUUUGAUGCUUAAGUUUGCAGAAUUGAGCCACCUGUCUCUGUGAAUAAACCAGCUCAGCUCUGAUAUGGAAUCCCCUUAGACUAUUUCAGAGAUUUUAUGUUUAUUUUGGGGGGGAUGGAGUUAACGUCCUGUCAUUUAAGGGAUGAGGUUGGCACAAGAACACUAAUAGUUCUAUUGGCCCUACGAGGCACUACUGAAUUGUGUGGUCUAUGUGGUGUGUUCAAUUCAAUGAGCGUUUUUUUUUUUUGUCAUCAGAAAUUGUUCUGAGGUCAAGGAUAAUACUGGUGUUUGAUGUCUAUAAACAAGACAGUCAGAACCUUGAAGGUGUUAAGUCUCUCCACCUCUGUCAGUGCAGGGCAAGCCACUGAUGUAACUCCCCAUAUUAGCAAGUGCAGCAUCUGUGAAUUCUGACAAAUCACAGCCUACCACACAAUGGUGUCAGUGCUGGAAACACAGGUCAGUGGAAGUUAAACGGUGUAAACGGGGCGUGUUGUGUUCUGAAUAAAUAUGACCUGAGCAAGGUUCUUUUGUUGACUUUUUUUUACACCGUUCUUUUUAUAUAUGUAAAUGCCUGGCUAGUCAUAAUUCCUAUAGGCCUACUGUUUGAGUGCUUAUACAAGGGCAGUUGUUGUUUCCAAGGCAACAAACAGAGGGAUGAUGUGCUGUUAUGGUAAACUGACGCCAUGGCAAAUCUUUGCUAACUUUUAUUGCUUGUUAUUAAUGAUGUUAAUAUACAAUCCAAUAAUUAAAGAAUUUAACAAGUAA